AUGGCGUUCUGGCCUUCGUGUGGAAGUUCUGGAACUGGGGAGUUUGCUGAGAUUUCACUGCCAUCACUGCGCCUGAGUACAAACGCUGUUUCAUCCUUCUAUGAAUUUGAGGGGAUAAUCACGUCUGUCAUCACUGGCGAUCAAAUCAUGGCGGGGAAGACUUACUACCUGCGUCGGACCAUCCGCAAUCACAGCAACAACCAAAAAGCCACGAAAAUCAUUAGCCAAUCUGCAAUGGUGCUCGCAGUGACCAAUGAGAUCAACCCGAUCCUUUCCUACUCCUACAUGGCGGUGCUGGUGCCAGUCUUCCUCCUGACAGACGUCUUGCGUUACAAGCCCGUCCUGGUCCUCUCCAGCCUCAGCCACGUGGCCAUCUGGCUCCUCCUCCUCCUGGGCUCCUCCCUCUUAGAGAUGCAGUUCAUGGAGUUCUUCUACGGCAUCACCAUGGCAGCACGCGUGGCUUACUCCUCCUAUAUCUUCUCCCUGGUCACCCCAGAGCUCUACCAACGUGUGGCCAGCUACUCGCGCUCUUGUGUCCUCAUGGGGGUGUUUGCCAGCUCGGUGCUGGGCCAGGUGCUGAUAUCCGUGGGCAGGCUCUCCUUCGCCACGCUCAGUGUUGUCUCCUUGGCCUUGGUGUCCUUCGGCCUGGUGCUCUCCGUCUGCCUGCCCUGGCCCAAAAGGUCCUUGUUCUUCAACAGGGCCCACCACGCUGCCCAGAGGAACCUCCAGGAGCAGGCUGCCGCCCAGUCGGAGCUGGCCAGGAUGAAGCAGGGCGAAGCGGGCUUGGGUUCAGGUGACACACCCUCCCUGGCCCCUCUAAGCUCUGGUUCCUCCUGGAGGGACUCUGUGUUUAUUCAGAUGCUGAAGGAGCUGAGGAACGUGCCGCGGAGGCCCAGCCUGAGACUGUGGAGCCAGUGGUGGGUGUUCAAUUCCGCUGGCUACUACCUGGUGCUGUUGUACGUCCAUGUCCUGUGGAACAAGGUGUACCCCGCCACGGAGAACAAACACGUCUACAACGGAGGGGUGGAGGCUGUCUCCACACUACUGGGGUUGGAGCCUGUGUUCUCCAAGUCAAUGAUUCCUACAAAAUAUUAACACCCCUACAGCAGUUGGCAGAGGUAGUAGUGAGAGCACCAUGGUAACAUGCUUCAAGGUACAUAUUUUCUCAGUCAAAUGAGUUGUCUUAGACCAGGGUUUCCCCAUCUCCAGUUCUCCAGUACCCCCAACAACACACGUUGUUGUAGCCCCAG